AUGAAUUAACAAUAGGAAAUUAGUGCCAAAGAAAACAGUGCAGAUUUUUCUACUACACAAUAGGAGUGUCGAAAUGGUAAUGCAGCUGAACAUUAACUAUCAAAAAAAGAACAAUUCUUACUUAAAUGCAUUAAACAUUAAGACAUAAUGAUCUAUAAAAAGAGAUAUCAAAUUGGUGAUAGUGUAUUAAUAAAGACAACUAAUCAAAUUGAAUAGAUUGGGUUAAUUCAAAACUUUUAUGGUUAUCAACAAGAUGAUAAAACAAUAGUUCCUUUAGUUGAAGUUUAAUGGUAGAUUUAAGUAUUUGAUUUUUAGGUAUUGUACUUAUUAAGACCUUGCAGAUUCAAUUGAUAAAGACUCUUUUUCUGAAUGUGAAUUAUUCUUAACUGAAUAGACAACUAUCUUAUUUAUAGAUUGUAUAUAAGCAAAAUGUUUUGUAAUGAAUAUUGAUGAAUUUGAAAACACAGGAACAUAAAAUGCCUAUUUUACUAGAUCUAAAUACAACACUUUGACUAAACAAUUAGAGCCACCAAUUUCUUAAUGGAAAAAAGUUUGUAUUUGUGAAUAGCCUUAAAAUCCUGUAAAUAAUUUUAUUUAUAUAAUCAGGAUUUAUUGUAUAUCUAAUGUGAUCAAUGCAAUAAAUGGUUUCAUUUAUCUUGCAUGGGAUUAACAUAAGAAUAAGCAAAUUAAAUGGAACAAUAUAGUUGCAAAAUAUGUAAAAAAUGA